AUGGAGAGGAUGAGUGAGGAGGCGUUACGACUGAACCUGCUGAAGCGAGGCCUGGACACCACAGACGAGCGCGGCGGCGGCAGCAGCCGAGAGGAGCUCCUUGCCAAAAGGCUGAAGAUGGAAGGUCACGAGGCCAUGGAGAGGCUCAAGAUGCUGGCCCUCCUCAAACGGAAAGAUUUUGGAGGCCUGGAGGGACCUGCUGGGGUCCUGGGAGACAUGAAGGGUCCGUGCGGGAGUGGCAUACCGGCUUCCAUGGGGUACGCAGCCUACGAGGAGAAGCUGAACGGGAGCCUGCGGACUCCAGGAGUGGCCACCCACAGUCUUCUGGGGAAAAGCGGGAAGGAGAAUGUGGCUGAUGAACCAGUGGAUAUGAGUGCCAAGAGAGUUGAUGUGGAUCGAGAACGUCACACCCCAUCUCCAGAUGUGAUCAUCCUGUCAGACAACGAGGCGUCGAGCCCACGAGGGGCUGGUCGUGGAGAGGAGAGGCUCAAGGCCGCAAACCUGGAUAUGUUUAAGGGGAAAAGUGUUGAGGAGAGACAGAGGGUGAUUAAGGCUCUGAGAGAGGAGCUGAGGUUGGAGGAGGCCAAGCUGGUGCUGCUAAAAAAGCUUAGACAAAGUCAACUCCAGAAGGAGAACCUCAUACAGAAGGUUUCCGGGGUCCAGAACAGUUCCACUGCAGGCCAGUCCUCCUCCAUACUCAGUUCCCAAGGCAUGGCCAAACUACCUGUCAGGCCGGGCCUGCACAGCACAGAUCCUCAGAACCUGCGUGCUGCCCAGGGUCAGAGUGUGAUAAAGACGGUUGUAAAUGCCUCUAUGCCACAACUAAUGAUGUCCCAGCGGCUCAUUGCUCCCAACCCAGCCCAGCUCCAGGGUCAGAGGCUCUCCUCUAAACAGAGUGGCAUUAUGCGCGGCACCACGGGCGGCCUGAACAGCACUGUCAGCUACCAGCAGGCUUCCAUGUCCCAACGUUCCAGCUCCUCUGCCAUCUACAUGAACCUCGCCCACAUGCAGGCCACGGCCGGCGCGGGAGGGGUCGGCGGCGUGGGGGCGGUCAGCCCGUCACCUUUAUCCAGUCCGGGGGCGAGCACCAUGCAGGACACGGUCAGCAGCCAGGCGGCCGCCAAGCUGGCUCUACGCAAGCAGUUGGAAAAAACCCUGCUGGAGAUCCCUCCGCCCAAACCCCCUGCCCCACUCUUACACUUCCUACCCUCAGCUGCCAACAGCGAGUUUAUCUACUUGGUGGGGCUGGAGGAGGUGGUGCAGAGCGUCAUCGACAGUCAGGGUAAACUGCGAAUGCCGGGUUCCUGUAUGGAACCCUUUGUCUGCGCUCAGUGCAAGACAGACUUCACCCCGCACUGGAAACAGGAGAAAAGUGGGCGUAUUCUCUGCGAACACUGCAUGACAUCCAAUCAGAAAAAAGUCCUGAAAGCAGAACACACCAAUAGGCUGAAGAAUGCCUUUGUGAAGGCCUUACAGCAGGAGCAGGAGAUUGAGCAGCGACUGCAGCAGGCUGCCUUGUCCUCAAGCACUUCAGUGACUGUGCCCAACGUGAGCAAAGCUGAAUCAAUGAUCCGACAUCACGCUUUGAGACAGGCCAGCCAUUCUCAGGCGUCUUUGCAGCGGAGUUUGUCCCGCUCUGCCCAGGGGGUCCUGUCCAACUUCGCCCAGGCCUCUCAGCAGCUCUCUGUGGCCGGCAGUCUGCUGGGUAUGACAGCAAAGCACUGUGUAAACAUUGCUUACUUAAACCCAGGCAGUGUUGGAGGUCAUAAGUCAUCCAGUUUGGCAGACAGACAGAGGGAAUACCUGCUGGACAUGAUCCCUCCUCGAUCCAUAUCCCAGUCCAUCACUGGGCAGAAAUAAGA